GUUACAGUUCUACAGUGAAUACGGGGAAAACAACAUGCCAACGGAACUGGACUCAAAGAAUGGCAUCCUCAUCCGCAUCAUGACGGUGGCGGACUACCAGCCAGUGAAGAUAUUUAUGGGAGGCAAUUUCUAUAAUGGAGAGCCACUCUGUGCGUCUUCUGGAGAGGAUGUGCAGAAAUGCUAUGAAAAGGAAAACGAUGAGUAUCACAUAUCCAUGAUAGAGCAGGGCACCUGCCUGUUGGCUGUGGAUGAGAACAAUGGCGGACGCAUAGUGGGCUUGGUCCUGGCAGGUGGUCAGAUUCCCAGCGAUUUGGAGAAGCAUCGCAAGGAGGCCGCUGCCAUGGAGCCAAAUACCUGGGGACGCAUUGCAGUGUUCUUGUCCAAAAUUGAAAUCGAAAUCAAUCUCUUCAAGCGUUACGGAGUUUCCAAAAUCCUCUACUCGCAUAUAACCAAUGUGGAUGCCUCAAUGCGUGGCAAAGGGCUGGGCUCACGUCUGGCUGCCGCUCUGAUGGAAGUUGGUCGCAGCAAAGGCUUCCCGCUCAUGAUAGCCUAUUGCUCCAGCUACUACUCGGCACGUCAGAAGGAAGCCUUGGGCAUGGAGUGCGUAUACUCGAUAGCCUAUGCCGAUUACAAGGACGAAAGUGGCCAAGUGGUGUUCAAACCAGCUGCACCACACACACAUUUACGUGUUAUGGUCAUCAAACUCUAAGCAGUUGGUAUUUUGCACCAUUUAGUGAUAAUAAAUUAGGCAAAAAAUAUGUGUUAUCUAGUUGUAAAUAAAAUUUUCCACCAGUUGCUGUGUCUAUUCAA